AUGGAUCUCUCCCCUCCACGAAAUCAUCCUGCGACCUCACGUGAAGCGGACGCUGAACGAAGACCCGAUAUCCCUGCUCAAGACACUACCGAAAGCACCGGUAGCGUCUCCGUCACAUCUCCGAAAAAGAAGAGACUCCGACCAACAAAGAUGUCAUUUUCGGGUGGUAUUGGUCCUUCGUCUGAGAGCACUCAAGGAGACGCCAAAUGGCCUCCCGAAAAUGAAGCCGCUUUUGUGAGUGUUCUGUUGAAUGAAGUUCUAAUGGGAAACCGUGUAACCGUACCAAUAGCUCUUGCUGCUUAUAGUAAAAUCCCCACCUACAAUGUUUUGAGUUUCGGGGCCUCGCGCUACGGGCUUUCCGACUACAAGGGGGCCUUUCUGCAGGCAUGGAAGCGCGCCUGCGCCGACGUGGGGCCCGCAGUCAUCCAUGUGCCCGAGGGGAGGUACCCCUUGGGGGCCGUGAGUUUUGAGGGCCGCUCGUGCAAGAGUACGGCCAUCGCGAUUCGUAUCGAAGGGACUCUGGUGGCUCCCUCGAAUUACGAGGCUCUCGGGAAUAGGGAGACCUGGUUGCGGUUCGUGGGGGUCGACGGAGUUUCUAUCUUUGGUGGAACUCUCGACGGCCAAGGGAAGAGGCUGUGGGCUUGUAAACAUUCCGGCAAUAGUUGCCCUCAUGGAGCCAUGUCAUUGACGUUCAACAAUUCCAAAAACAUAUACAUCAACGGAUUAACCUCGUACAACCCCCAAUUUUUCCACAUUCUUGUGGAGGGUUGUCACAAUGUCAAGCUCACAAAUGUGAACAUACAGGCCCCGGCCCGCAGCCCAAACACCGACGGCAUUCACGUGAACAUGUCGACCGGAGUUACCAUCACCAACUCUAACAUAGGCACGGGCGACGACUGCAUCUCUAUCGGCCCCGGAACCUCCAAUUUAUGGAUCGAGAAAGUGACCUGUGGCCCGGGCCACGGAAUAAGCAUCGGGAGCCUCGGUUGGACGCCGCAAGAACCCGGAGUCCGAGACGUGACGGUUAAAUCGGUUUUACUCACGGGAACCCAAAACGGGGUUAGGAUAAAAACGUGGGCGAGGGACACCACAUCAUACGUCCAUCGAGUUCUCUUCCAGCACAUACACAUGCAAAAUGUUGGAAACCCUAUUUUCAUCGACCAAAAUUACUGCCCGAACCACAUGAACUGCCCGACCGAGGAGUCGGGCGUGAGAAUUAGCGACGUGACGUAUGAAGACAUAAGGGGAACCUCGGCCUCGCUUGUUGCCGUAAACUUGGGGUGCAGCGGAAAGAACCCGUGCGACAGAAUCACCCUAAGGAAAGUCUACCUUACCUACAGGAAGAACAAACAAGCGACCGCGUCCUGCGGCAACGCGCGUGGAAUCGAGGAAGGGAACGUCAACCCAGCCGGCUGCUUUUAG